GAAAAGAGAAGGAGGGUCCCUGUGUGUGUAGUGUGUGUGUGUGGUUGUGGGCGAGGAAGCCAGCGAGGAAGCCUGAGAGCUAGAGAGAGGGGCGCGCUCUGCCUGCCUCCUUCCUUCCUUCCUUCCUUCCUCCCCGCAGCCGGCCUGCUGGCUCUCCCUUUCUUGCUGGUGCAGCUGCUGCUGGGCGGGAAGUUUGGCUGGCCUCAGGAGGAGCCAGGAGGACCGGGAGCCCCAGCAGAGCCAGCCACCGCCAGCCUCUUCCUCCUCCUCCUCCUCCUCUUUUGCAGGAUGCUCAAAGUCACCAUGCCCUCCUCCUCCUCCUCGCCCUCCUCCUCGCCUUCCUCGCCAGCCCCCUCCGCGGGGGCUGCUGCCUCUCCCCCGGCCGCCACCCGCCUCGGCCCCGCUGCCUCCUCCCCGGAUUACUGGAUCGAGGGCUCCAACCGAGACACCUUGGCCCACUACUACGAGCUGGAAGCCGAGCUGGGACGGGGUGCUACUUCUGUUGUCUACAGAUGCAGACAGAAAGGAACACAAAAGCCAUUUGCUGUCAAAAUAUUGAACAAAACUGUGGACAAGAAGAUUGUCCGAACAGAAAUAGGUGUUUUACUUCGACUUUCACAUCCAAAUAUUAUAAAACUGAAGGAGAUAUUCGAAACUCCCACAGAAAUCAGCCUUGUCUUAGAGCUGGUCACAGGAGGAGAGCUGUUUGACAGGAUUGUGGAAAAGGGGUAUUACAGUGAACGAGAUGCUGCGGAUGCUGUGAAACAAAUCCUGGAGGCUGUUGCUUAUCUGCAUGCUAAUGGAAUUGUCCACCGUGAUUUGAAACCAGAAAAUCUUCUGUAUGCAACACCAGCUCCAGAUGCACCUUUAAAAAUAGCUGAUUUUGGGCUUUCCAAGAUUGUGGCAGAUCAAGUGACCAUGAAAACAGUCUGUGGAACACCAGGGUACUGUGCACCAGAAAUUCUUCGAGGAUGUGCCUAUGGUCCCGAAGUAGACAUGUGGUCCUUAGGAAUAAUCACCUACAUCUUACUUUGUGGCUUUGAACCAUUCUUUGAUGAAAGAGGAGAUCAAUACAUGUUCAAGAGAAUUCUGAACUGUGAAUAUGAUUUUGUUUCCCCUUGGUGGGAUGACGUGUCUCUGAAUGCCAAGGACUUGGUGAAGAAGCUAAUUGUGCUUGAUCCAAAGAAGCGUCUUACCACAUUUCAAGCUCUGCAGCAUCCCUGGGUCACAGGAAAGGCAGCCAAUUUUGCUCAUAUGGAUACAGCCCAAAAGAAGCUCCAAGAAUUCAAUGCUCGGCGUAAACUUAAGGCUGCAGUGAAAGCUGUUGUUGCAUCAACUCGUCUUGGAAGUGCAAGCAGCCACAGCAGUCAUGAUGGUAUCAAGCCCAGCCAACACCAGUCUCUCGGUCAAGAAAGUGAUGAGUGUGUGGAGGAAAAAGAAGCAGCAACAGGAAGCUUUGUUGAACCUCAGCCAGUGGUAUUUCAGGAAGAAGCACCUGAAGAAGAGCCUUAGAUCUUAGGGUAUUUUUUCAGCCAAGAUCUGUCAUUUCAUGCACCAGCCAAGUUACCAUUCAGCAGGAAAGAAUUACAAGCAGUAACCCUUUUUGGGUGCCUUUGCUUUGAGGUGCAAAAUGCACUAGCUGGUGACCUGAACUUCAAUGCAUGUGACUGCUUCUGAAAAAAAAAAUAGUAAACAGUCUUUUAUUGGCAUGCCAUGGAUAAAGUGAUAUUUACAGUAAUACCAGAGAGCAGGGAGUGUGGGAGCAUUCCUUGUGAUCAACACAGAUAUCUCAUGUAAAGUGUUUAUAAAUAACCUCUGAAAGGAGUGAGGAUUCUGGCUCACACAAGAUAGGCAUUUCCUAGAGAUCAUGACAUUUCUUUGAUAUGCUUCCUUUCGAAUGCAUCCAGUAGAUGGAGGAGGCAUGUAAGGUCCACCAGGUUUUUUUCAAAAUAGCAUGUGGGACAUUUUGCAUCUAUCAGUGAUAAUAAUUUACAAACUGUUUACAAUGGAGAACUUAGGAAUUUAUAUGCAAAAACAUUCCACACAUUCUUGUGAGAGAUCGAAAUGUUUCUUCAGAAGGUUAUGAAAUUGUAUGGUCCUGAAGCCUAUGUUAAGAAUGCCUUACCUCUAUCAUUCAUUGUUUCUAUACAAUAUUUUGAUGAUAUCCAAAAUAUCUUUCAGACUUCUGCCAUUUCAGUAUCUGUGGCGAUUUUGAGAAAACACAUAAGAGCAGUACACAAAUAAAGAAGGUAGGUGCCAUUGUCAAAGGGCCAGUUGGAAUUAGCCACAGCUUGGAAACUGUGCAACUGCUCAUAGGGAUGGGUCUACAAUGGGGAAAGAUGUAUAGUAUUACAAGAUUUUUUUUCAGUAGAAAAGGACUCAAGGUGCUACCGUAAACAACAAAAAUGCUUGCAUAGCUGAGGCUUCCAGAAAUGUGUGCUAACCAAGGGUUGUUUUUUUAACUUCUCAUUGUAGAGUGAUUCAGUACAGGUGUGCCAAUAAAAACCAAUAUCAGGGUAAAUUUAGAUGCUUAUCUAGGGGAAAAGAUGCUAACAACCUUUUACUCUGCCAAGUGUAGCCUAUAUUAGUUGAAAAAUCAGCAGAAUAGAUGUCUGACAACAAGCAUUAAUUUGUAAUGCAUUUAUAGCACUUCACUUUCUAAACAUAUAAACAGAAAUGAUACAAAGAAUCGACAAGAGAAAAUUCUUUUACAGCACAAUCCUAUAACUUAGAAACAAGCUUUACAUUGUUUACUAGGGCAUACUCCCAAAUAAGUGGGCACAAGAUUUCAAAUUCACAUACUCAGAUAGUGACCAAACAUGUUAGGCACUUAUUCCCCAUUUUCUUACGCCUCAAUUUUUAAUAGUAUAGAUGAUGUGAAAGUUAGCUAAACUAAGAGUAUGCACAGCAGUCUAGAGUAUGCAUUAAUUUUGUGUUUUCUGUUCCACUACAGUUAAAUAUUAUUUAUAUGAGGCCAGGUAAAUUAUAACUACUUUGGUUACUGUGGAAGAGCUCACUUCGUUUUUGCAGUGAAACAUCUUAUAUGAGUUUUUAAUGGUAUUGUGAUGUUUGACACAUUUGAAUGCAUAAAUAAUUAGAAGUUAACAUGAAAAAAACAUUUCUUCAGCACAAGGAGUCAUUGACCCAAGCACAAAAAGUCAACACAUUCCAAGACCUUAUUCAUAGAAAGGAAAAAUAGAGGUGGGUUUUAUAUUUGUAUUUGCAACUUAAUUUCUUGCCUGGAGACAAGAACAAUUCAGAGAACAUAAACAGAGAAACACUGUAUGAUCGAAACCACUUCAUAUAAAGGAAAAAUUAUUUUUCUUCUAUGAAGGACAAUGCUCUGGAGUUGCCUGUGGGUUCUGAAAUACAUUCAAGAGGACUAGCAGUCCCUGUUCAUGAGGAAAUUGUGCACACUUUAAAACUGUAAAGUCACAGAUUUUGGGCGCUGUUAGCUACACAGUUGGAUGGUCCCCCUAAUAAAGCAAGGGUUAUGUUCCUAGUUGCACAUCAUGGUUUGAAUAAUUAGUGGUCUGGGGAUGCAGCCUGAAUUUAGGACUAAGUUAUUACUUACAGGAACGGAACUGUUUCUGUUUUUAAUAUCCCGCCACUGCAGAAACACAAGUAGUGCUUUAAUAGCGUCUUACAAAAUUAUGGUGCAUUCCUUUCCUAUGACAAUCCUUCCAGAAAGCUAGGGUUUGUUUGUUUUUAUUAUACAUAGAAUAACACAUUAGUAGAGGCCUGAAAGUCAUUAGAGUUAAUGACAAUACAUAAGUUUCAGCUUCUUAGUAUCAGUGGGAUCUGGAGGACUAAACAAAGCAUCUGUGAUGUUGAAAUUCAUUCCAGAACCUACAGCUGCAGUUUUGGUAGGUGCACUUAAUAUGUGUGUCACUUGAUUAGGUAUGCUGAAGUAUUGGGGAAAUGAAAACGCCAACAUUACUGGUGCUAUCGCAUCUUCCAUGGCAAUGAAACUGCUGAUUAUUAGAGCAGGAUCAUGAUCCUCAUACCUUUGCUUGUUAGGCUGAAUUUUAUUACUAAUAUUUAUUAUAGCACAGUAAUGUGGAAAAUUAUAGAGACCUUGUCAUCAAAAGCUCAAAAGUCAUCAUAAUGCUAAGGUGAAAGAAGGUAAUGGGGGAUAGUUAAGGCAUUACCGUAAAGUUCAGAAACCAUUAUUGCUUAAUAUUCAUCCAAGACAGGGGAAAGGUCUUGCCUUAUACUCUCUGCUGUGAUUAAUUUUCAGUAUGUUUGCAAGGAAUCCACAUCUGUAAGUCUUCAUUCAACAAGUUCAGUACAUGUCCAUGCCAGACUAUAUAUUCUAAAUAUAAGCAUCAUGGCAAAACAAAGGAGUGCAUUAUAUUUGACUCUUGUGUAGGUUGUCACAGUUUCUGUUAUUAAGCAUCUUUUAGCAAAGUCCUCUGCAUAGUUAGUUGUUUAACAGCAAUCCCUAUGGAAUUCCAUACAACUUACUCCCACUGAAGUAUGCAUAGGAAUGAAGCCUUAAAGUGUGACUUUGGUACUUAGUAGGUGGUCAUGGUCUCUUGGAUCCAGCUCUCCCACCACAUGUGCAAUAUUGGAAUUAUAAUUCCAGCCUAUUUUACAGGGCUAUUGUAAAGACUGUGACCAUGUCUAGGUAUAUGAAAUGUCAUGAAUGCAGAAUAUAAAUGCAAUAUAUUGCUUUUUACUUGAAGAAGGGAUACCAGUUCUCUAUUUCUACCCCAUUUCCUGGUGGGCAUACUAAUGGAAUGGUUAUAUUUUGAAAGCAGAGGGGGAACAAUUCCGUACAAAAUGAAUAAUGCAAAAUUUCUCAAUACUGUACAACUUUAGUCCCAGCUAUAUAGAAGAUUGCAGCCUAAAAGCACACUUCCAGUGCUGUCCAUCCACUCAGAAUUAAGCCCCACUAAAUUUAGUAGAACUUACUCCCAAAUCUGGAUUAUAGCUGCAAUGAAUUUAAGUUUACCUUUAGGCUUACCCUCAUAUUACAUUGUGAUCUAAGGCUUUACCCAGCUUUAUUAUAAAGGCUUAUGGUGUUGUUGUUUUUCCUGUAUGUAAACAUAAGAUGAUGUGGUUAAAGGGAAAUUAUUUUACAAAAAUGGCAUUAGCAAAGAGCCUUUAAGGGUGGCUUGGACAAUACUAGUCUAUAUUCAAAUGCUUCUCCUGCAUGUUUCCAUCUGUAUUUAUUUCUUCCACAUGUUCAACAUCUUUGCACUGCUGUAUUGUAGCAAGUAUCUUUUUACGUUUUCAUAGGAGUGCUCUUUUUAAAACCCAACCAAAAAUUAAAACUCUUCAUGGCAAUGCAUACAGGGUAUAAACGCAGUUAUGACUGAUCAAAUUUGCAUAAUGUAUUGCUUCCAUGUGAUAUAAAUAUUAAUGGCGGUGUUGGAAUUAGACACUAGUUUGCCUUUUCUGAAGCUUUAAUAAAUGGGACUUACCUAGCCUUUUCAUAUAAUCUAGAAACUGAUAUCUGCAGAAUGAAAAGGAUAUACUUGGAUGCUGAUAUGUUUAAGAAGUGAUUUGCAUGUACCAUAUGAAAAUAAACCAGUGAGACAUGG